UAGCCAUCUUCAGGCUGUUAUAAAGAGCGUCAGUCACCCCGCCACUUUGAUUUUCUUCUGUUUAGUUAUAUGAUAUAAUCCAGAUAAGCAGUAUGCACUGGGAGAAAUCGCCACCGUCAGCACUGGCCAGGUCCAGACCGUACCAAGGUGUUCGAGUCAGAGAUCCAGUCAAAGAGCUGCUAAGGAGAAAAAGAAGUCUGGAGCCGCACAGUGCCAAGACAACGCCCUCUACUGUGGAUGUGGUCGCACACAACAACCAGUCAUCAUUCACACAAGGCAUCUUUGGCUCUGAUGCUGCUGAGCCGUCGACUAUAGUCAGUGAUGGAGGGCUGCAGAGUGCAGGGUGGAAAGCUGCACCCCUUGCCACCAGCGCUGGCAGCCUGCAGCCUGCUGUAACGCCCUGGCCUUCGUCUGACUACAACCUGCAGGGCGGUUCGGCUCAGACUCUGGCCUACUCAGCGACCCCCACCCUCACUGCUGAUGUGUACAUGCAGACUCUGUGUCCCAGCUACACCAUGCUGACCUAUACACACACGCCGCUGCUCACUAACUUUGGGAGCAUACCUGUAGCCCCAGCACCAGGCUCCCUCCCUCAGAUGGAGAUCCCAGACUCAGGGUUGACCUACCUUCCCUGGGCCCAGCCCCUCACUACCAUAUCUACCAUGCCCAACCCGGGGGUCCAGUUUGCCCCCAGCUCUGCAGCCCUGCCCGGGUCACCUCUGGUCCACAUGCCCUUGUCUAUGUCUUUGACCACCAUGAUCCCUCAGCUGGAAGCUCAGGGUGUCGAUUCUCAGCCGCAGAUACUGGACCACCCGCAGAGCUCAGACCACCAGCUUGACCCUGAACCACAAGGUGAGCCUUUGGAUGAAGAUCCAGGGGUGGAGUCGGAAUCUCAGAGCCUACUGGAUAAGCUUCUGGAGGAUCAAAAGGAUGAUGACCAAGAGGAGGACAAAGACUCAUACAGCAGCUCCCUAUUCCUUCCUAAUGUCUGAAAAUAUGAGUGUUCCUCUGUCCGUAGAGAGCAGUGUGUUUUGUAGUUGUUUCUCAGGGGCCAUCAUUACAGAAUUAUUUGUGUUUAUAACAACUUGGGUCUUAAUUUUGUAGCUCUGUAUUCUUUGUAGCCAUAAUUUCUAUUGAUUAUGAUAGCACUGUUCUGACCAAAAGAAUUGCUGAGAUUGAUACCAGAUUAACAACUUUUAUUAAUUACAAAUAUGUUUAGUAAUAUGCAACGCUUAAUCACAAUAAACAACAGCAAACUGAAUCCUGAGAGCUGGUCUUGCAUAAGGAACAUGUUUCAAAAUCUAGUUUUGAUGCCUUUAAUAUUUCAGUUGAUAUUGCUUCAAGAUUGCGUUGUUCAUAUAUGUUCAACAAGAUUGUUUCUAAUCAAAUCAAACUGUAAACUGAUAUACAGCAGGGUAGGUUAUUAUGGAGCAGUAAUACUGCUAUCUACUCACAACUGCAUUAUAGUGUAUUACAUUUAUUAAAAGUUUAUAUGCUUCUUCUAAAUGCUAAAUGGGGGAGUUAAAGUGAAGUGCUACGAGAACCUGUCUAAUUGUCUUUGUCUUGUUUCAUUGCCAUGUUCCCAGGUAUUUAAUAAUUAGUACACUGGUACAGUGCAUUCAGACCAAAAGUGAAGCGAGAGUUUGAGGCCCCGCGAUUACAUACAAAGUCAAUGCAAAGAAGCGGAGAGACGCGAUUUCCUGUUGGUGGUGAGGAGGCAUUCCUGUGAGUUGAAAAUUUUCAGCCUAUCGGCUUUAGAGCGCAGGCAGAAUGGAAAAUGCUUUGACAACUACGCCGUUUACCCGCGGGAGGAGCUCAGAGUUAACUGCUUUUACUAAAUUAACUUUUUACUUUCAUUUUUGGGAUUAAACGUAGAUCUCUCUUCACUCGCGCUUUUCAGUUCCACUUUUCCACUGUUGAGGUUAGCGUCAGUGGGCAGCCUCAGGACGUUGGUUGGAGAAAAGAAAGUGAGGAAGUUGAACUAGCAUGUGAGUUCAGAAAAUAUGUCUAACUUUAUUCCAGCUUUCGUUGUACUUACUGUGAACAAGUUAGCAUAGAUUCGAACUCCAUUCAGAAAACUAACAUUUUAAAAGUUGUUGUCCUGCUGACUUGCUGACAGACCAGAAGCAUGAAUUCAGAUGUCUAACAAGUGUUUGGUCUGAAUGCACAGUUAUUAUAACCAAUAAGAAUGAUAACCAAAACUAGAAAAAUAAGACCUAAAAUGAACUUUGUUAUUAGUUAACCUGUUAUUUUACCUUCUACUAUUAUUGUUUUGUGGUUGUUUUUUUUAAAUAUGCAUGUGAGAUGUAGCAAAGGGAAAAGUAACCUUUUUUGAACCUUGAACCUUUUUUAAAAUUGUUUAUAAAUGAAUGUGUAAGA